UUUUUCCUUUUAUUGAUAGUCCGGGUCACACACACAUGCUCUGUCGGAAGAUGAGAGGUCACUCUUUUGGAAAUGAUCAGCCCUUUCCUUUUCGUUCUCGUACAAAGCAGGUUAAUCUAAUGGCUUCUUCUUUACCAUUACAUCAACAAAUUUCCAGGAAGAGGCUACCUAUCUUAUCAUCAACUCAUAAAAGAGCUUUAGUCCUAUUUACAUUUGUCUGUGCUCUUUAUUAUAUAUUUAGUUCAUCAACUCAAAAUCUGUCAUCUCAGAUUGAUUACAACAUCAACCCUUUAUUUUGGGCGCCAAGGAUUUCUCUUCAAGAUAAGGACAGUAGUGCAUAUCCAUCAACUUUCUUUACCAAGGAUGCGCUCUGGGAGAAUGAGUUGAAGCUAGUAUCAGCCAUUGUGCUGAGAGUAACAGAUGACGAUCAAAGUAUUAUCAACACAGUCAAUCAUUUGCUAAAAUACCCAUACAUAAGCGAAAUAUACAUCCAUAACCUUGUGCCUAAUCGAUCACUCACAGUCAACAAACUAAAAGCGGAUUCCAAGAUAUCGACCCCAAUAGAAAUAUUGGAUAUAAAGCAUGAACAAUUAGAAAGUAUGGCAAGGUUCACUACUUGUGCUACUGCAGUUCAAUCCUACUGCUACUUUCAAGAUGACACAUUCAUUAAUCGCGCUAUGGAUUCACUCUAUACGAACUUCUUACGCUUUCCCUCCAUCAUUCACGCCAACACAAAGCCUACUCACUAUGAAAAGGAGAUGAAGUGGCGAUUUUAUAACAAGGAUAUCAGGUUGCAUACAGGCUAUGCCGAUCUCAGAUUUGGUGCAUUUGUACCUCGGUGGAAAGUGCAAACCUUUUUGACACAGUUGGGUAAAUCUGGCCUUGUCAAGGAAAACAUCCGUGAAGCAGAGCACUAUUUUGCGAUAUGGAUGAACCAAUACCCAUGGUUAUUAAGUAAUCCACCUUAUCUUGCCAAUGGACAAAAAGCUACUGAUUAUGAUGUUAAAUACCCUGCUGCCUUGGACUCUUUUACAUAUGACGCUGUGCGCUACUUGCAAUGGUCUCUGGAGCAGAAUGAACAAGCUUACUUUGAAAUUGAAGAAGAAGAGCCUCGGCUUGCGCAUAGAGAUGUUAAAUCAUCAUGCGUCAAUGAUAAGUGCCUGUUGAUCACAAGCAUGGACUCAUAUGUUCAUCCAGAAAGAAUACCAUUUGAUUAUAGAGCUAUUGCAUCAAUAGAACAAUUAGAGACCCUUUAUGAUAAGCUGUCAACAGGCACUGAAUGGGUGCAACAUUCGUAUCACCUUGCUGUAGACUCUGACCCAACCACCUGCUGGGAUACGCUAAGAGCGCCGAAAAGAGGUGAUUAUUUCGGUUUGAUGCUGGUAGGCUCCUUAAAGAUUGACACAUUGACGAUAUAUACACCAAACGAGAUAAAGCGGCCAGAAAAGCAGUUUUCAAUUUCUGUGAUGGAGGAAGGUAGUAACCAGUGGACCAAGUGCAAAUCUACGCAAAUAGAAAGGAGCUAUAACAACCGAAUUCAAUUAGCUAUUGACUGCCCUGUGAACUAUUACAGACUCAUAAAGGUGUCCUUUAAUAGUGAUCUUUCUGUACCCUUCAAGCUCUGUAGUCUUUCAUUGGAUAAUUUUUCGACUUGAUCAGUUUAUUUUAACGGGAAUAAAAUGAUGAGAGUAUGAAUAUAUAUGCUGUGUAUCUAUUUUACUACAAGUUCACAUUGAUUCUCUCUCACAAAGGAUAAUACAAGUUAGAAACAUGAGGGUGGAAUAAGUUCAUUUGUUAUCAGUUGACAAGCAAGCAUAGAACUUAUUAAAAUGAGAAUAUCCCUUGGGGAAUAUAUAUACCGCUAAAUACCACUUUAAUCUUGAACUGAACAUGCUUACAGAGACUUGAGCAUCUUCUAUAGAAGCAUGGUAGUGCCUACAAGAGUAUAUUUGAAGUCCCCUCGAUUUUCUUUAUUAGGACAAAAAGUUAAGCUGUGACGCUAUCUAUUUUCUUUUUUUUUCUUUCUUUC